AUGGAUCCAAAGAGAGACUCGGGGUUAAAUGAGGACACUCGUAGCUGGCAAUCGUUUCAUCCGCUGACUCACAACCACGAAGCCAAAAAAGAGGAGGGAAUCACCAAAAAAAGAGGAGGAAAGCCGGGCGCCGUCCUAUAUAAGCAGCUCGUCUCCAGCGUGCGCGAUACUCCAAGGGUCUGCACCUCGCACGGAACCGACGCGCCUCUAGGACCUCUCAUCAUCAUCAUGAAGAAGAUCAUCACGGUGUUUGGAUCCACAGAGAAGAUCAUCUCCAGCCCCCUGUCCACCAUCCCCACCACAAACCCCCCUACGCUGGGGGCUCAGGGAGGCUCGGUAGCGAAAGCUCUCCUGGAGGACGGCACCUUCGCCGUCAGGGCCGUGACCCGCGACACCAGCAAGCCGGCGGCCCUGAAGCUGAAAGAGGCCGGAGCGGAGGUGGUGGCUGCCGACCUGGAUGAUAAGCGGAGUCUGGAGGCCGCCCUGACCGGUGCAUAUGGUGCUUUUGUGGUCACCACCCAUGGAUGGGAGGAUUCCAGUAAGGAAAAGGAAAUAAUACAGGGAAAAGCGGUUGCAGAUCUAGCAAAAAGUCUGGGUCUGAAACACGUGAUCUUCAGUGGUUUGGAGAACGUCAAGAAAUUGACCGGGGGAAAGCUGGAAGUUCAUCACUUCGACGGCAAAGGCGAGGUGGAGGAGUACUUUCGAGCCGUCGGGGUCCCAACGACCAGCGUCAGGCUUCCCUACUACUACGAGAACCUGCUGACCAUCUUCAAGAAGCACACAUCGAAGGACGGGAAGGUCUACGAUUUGAGACUCCCAGUAGGAGAUGUCUUGUUGGACGGGAUGUCCGUGGAGGACCUGGGCCACGUCGUGGUCAGCAUCCUUAAGUCCCCAUCGGAGUAUAUAGGAAAAGAUAUCGGGCUCAGUGCAGAGAAGCUAAAGGUGGAGCAAUACGCAGAGAUCAUGUCCAAAGUCACCGGCAAGACCAUCAAAGACGCUAAGAUUUCCCCGGAGGACUACGAGAAACACGGAGGAGCGAAAACCUUGGCCAACAUGUUCCGAUUUUACAUGAUGAGACCCGUCCGGGACGUGGAGCUCACGCUCAAACUCAACCCCAAAGCCAAGAAGUUCCGCCAUUGGUUGGAGGAGAACAAGGAAGCCUUUAAGGACUUGUAACCCAAGUCAAGAAACCACGCGGCUUUUCCCCCGAUCCUCUUUUAUGCUCCUCACGCAAAGAAUAUUAAACUGCAUAAAAAAAAUAAAGGAAUCAUCAAUAUUCUGCAUUUUUACUCCUAACGGCUACAGAUUCAGCUAUUA